GGCAAAAAAAAAGAUUCUUACAAGGAGCUGCGCAACAUAUUGCAUGGCAAAAAUGACUUGUCAGAAGCGGCGAAUGUUGAGAAGAAGCCGGAAACUGAUUUGGAGAAACAGGACGAUGAGAUUGGCAAGGAAUGA